AUGGCCCCUCAGCCAGAGCUCUAUCCUACCCUCCACCGAGUACGCGACCUUGAAAGCGCAGGCAUUGAGGACCUGCAGCAGAUCAUCCGGACAUUCCCCGUCAUUGACAACCAUGCCCACAACAUGCUCACCGAAGAAAAUGCCUAUGGCAGCGCAGAAUAUCCUUUUGAGUGUAUCACUUCCGAGGCACAAGGCCACGCUCUGACGGAUCAUGUCCAUACCAGCCUCGCUCACAUGCGCGGAGUCAAACACCUGGCAGAAUUCUAUCAGUGCCCCGACACCCUCCAGGACGUCAAGGCUGCCCGAUAUGAGUGGGUGCGCAGGGACUACCCAGGCCUGAUCAAGAAAUGCUUUGAAGGGACACAUGCGAUCAUGAUGGAUGAUGGACUGUCGCCCGAGAUCAUCCACUCGUUCAAGUGGCACCGACAGUUUGUGCCCACGGUGUCGAGGAUAGUGAGGAUCGAAGCUGUCGCGGCAGAACUGCUCGAGCAUCUUGCUCACGCAGCGGGCUUUAUGAGGGUCGGUCUCGAUGCCGACUGGGACAUCAGCCAGACCGAAAGUUUCUUGGUCCGCUUCAACACGGUCUUCAGAAACCAGAUCCGCACUCUGGCCAACGAUCCAGAUGUCCGUGGCUUCAAGUCGGUCAUCUGCUAUCGCUCCGGUCUAGAUAUCGGCCUGGACAGCAGGAAGAACUUCCGCCCCCAUCAGUCUCUGACUGAAUCCUCUCUCCUGCAAGCCUUUCACGACUUCCUACAGAAGGCAGUCCGGGAUCAUAAGUAUCGUAUUGAGCAAAAGGAAGUCAAUGACUACCUGGUUGUCGCUGUCUGUGACGUGCUGGAAAAGCUUGUAGACACGGAUGGUGAGAACUUGCCCUUCCAGUUCCACACCGGUCUCGGCGACACAGAUAUCGACUUGGUCAAGGCGAACCCGGCGUAUAUGCAGCCUUUGAUCGAAGCUUUCCCCCAGGUCGACUUUGUCAUCCUGCAUUCUUCGUAUCCGUACACGAGGGAAGCUGGUUACCUCGCGGCCAACUAUUCCAACGCUUGGCUUGAUAUUGGAGAAGCGUUCCCCAUGCUCUCCCGCGAAGGCGAGGAGUCUGUGCUACGACAAGCCCUCGAGCUGACACCAAGCUCCAAGAUCCUGUGGAGCACAGACGGACACUUCUAUCCCGAAACAUACUGGCUUGCCAACAAGCACUUCAGAGAAGCCCUGGAGAGAUUGCUUACUUCGUACAUUGCAGCUGGUGACGUUACCGUCGCCCAGGCCAUCGAUAUUGCUGUCGACAUUAUGUUCUGGAACUCCAAUCUUCUCUACAAGCUUGAUGAAGAGCGCAAAUAUCCAGAGCUUCUCCGAGCUUGUGGCCGAGAAGUCGUAGACAGUAUGCGUACGCUGGUGAAUGGUGGCUCGAAAGCGCCCUCCUUCAAGUCAUAUGCAAGCACGGCUGUCGCGACUCCUGCUGGAGGACCGUCAUCGUCGUCAGCAGCGGCACGACCUGGGGCGUCGACCACAAUGUCCCUGACGGCGACAAGCCUUUCUGUUUCCCUCCGGUCUGGGAGUGCGAGUGCGCCGUCUGGCCAAAACUCCACCGCUGUCUUCGCACAGAAUGUGACAGUUUUUGAUGCCUUUCUGCAAACCAAUCCAGGCGUCAAGUAUAUCUGGGUUCAGUAUUUGGACUACACUGGCACCCUUCGAAAUCGCAUGCUAACCGUCCAACAAUUUAAAAAGCAGCUCUCAACAGGCAAAAAUCUCUGUUGCACGAGUGCUCUGACACGGUUGAUGCAAGACGACUACCCUGCGACCGGAUGCUCCGCCACUGGCCAAUUUCUCAUGGUUCCAGACCUGUCGACCCUUUCACUGAACAAGGGUAUCUCAUCUCCCUCUGCCACUGUUCAGACCUGGUGGAUGGCAGAUUCGGAGCAAGUCCCCCUCGCCGAGCACUACGACCGCUGUCCACGCUGGCUUCUUCAAUCUCAAGCUGACGCUCUCAAAUCAGAGUUCAACAUCUCCAUGCUAAUAGGAUUCGAACUCGAAAUCAUAUUCAUGAGGCCGAUCCUGAACGAAAACAAGUCGGACUUUGUGGAUUUUGAGCCCUUGCAUAUGGUUCAUUCGUGGUCAAACAUGACGUGGCAACAACUCGAGAUGUUACCGAUCAUUGAAGAAAUUGUGGAGAAUCUGGCCGACAUCGACAUUCACCUUUCGCAAUUCCACGCCGAGGCCGCACCAGGACAGUGGGAGUUUCCCUUGCCCGCUUUUGAACCUGUAAAGGCGGUUGACGUCUUGUUCAAGGCCAAAGAUGUGAUUCGCAACAUCGCCAAGAAGCAUGGCCUGAAAGCAACAUGUUAUCCGCGGCCCUACGCAUUCAGCCCCGGCAGCGCCAAUCAUGCCCAUUUCAGCAUCAACGGACCUGGUGAUACCGUCGAGAAAUAUGAAGCUCCCUUCCUCGCUGGCGUUUUGGAACAUCUCCCAGCAUUGAUAGCUUUUCUGCUACCUUUUGAGGAGUCGUAUCAACGAGUCAACGCCGGAAUCUGGGCGGGUGGAGAAUAUGUAUGCUGGGGGACACAAAACAAGGAAGUCCCAUUGCGAAAAUGUGGACCAGGACACUAUGAACUCAAGACCGUCGAUGGCAUGGGCAACUCCUAUUUGUCCAUGGCCGCCCUACUGGCAUCAGGACUCCACGGUCUCCGUCAAGAUCUCAAACUCGAGCACAAGGAUUGUGCGGGUGACCCAACUGGGAUCGGCGAGGAGGAGAGGCAGAAACUAGGCAUUACAACGCAGUUGCCUAACAGUUUGGAGAAGAGUCUCAAAGCUCUGGACCGGGAUAAAGUCCUGCGACGGGCACUCGGAUACGCGGUCGUUGACGACUACCUUGCCGUCUCUGAGAGUCUCAUGGCCAAGUUGAGGGGCUUUGGCGACGAGAAGAGACGAGUAUGGUUGAUGGCCCGGUAUUAA